AUGGUCAUCACCUCUUCACCUCGCACCAAAAAAGACAACGGUUGGCGCCCGUGCGGAGAUUAUAGAAUGCUCAACGCUCGCACGAUCCCUGACAGGUAUCCAAUCAGACAUAUACACGACUUUACCCAUAGUACAGCUGGUUGUAAGGUCUUCAGUACUAUCGAUCUGGUUGAGGCUUAUAACCAAAUACCUGUCAGUGAGUGCGAUAUCCCAAAAACUGCAAUUACUACACCGUUUGGACUUUAUCAGUUCCCUUACAUGUCGUUCGGCUUGUGCAACUCAGCGCAAACCUUCCAACGAUUCGUGGAUGAGAUGACCAGGGGCUUAGAAUUUUGUUACUGUUAUCUUGACGACUUUCUAAUAUUUUCACGAAAUGAAGAGGAACACGAGAAACAUCUUCGCGAAGUAUUUGGCAGACUCAAGAGAUAUGGGAUGCUUAUAAACACCUCUAACUGUAUUUUUGGUGCUGACGAAGUCACUUUCCUUGGUUACCGUAUUUCGGAAAGUGGCACCAAGCCCCUUGAAGAAAAGGUACAAGUCAUUCUUGAGUACCCGCAACCCAAGGAAGUACGGCAGUUGAGGAGAUUUUUGGGUAUCAUUAAUUUUUAUAGGCGAUUUCUACCCGAUGCCGCCCAAACACAAGCGCCUCUUAACAACCUCCUGACUGGCGCAGUCAAAGGUCGCCAACCAAUAACUUUGACAGAUAAAGAAAUCAAAGCUUUUGAAGACUGCAAACGUAGUCUGCCUAACGCAGCUUUAUUAGCAAAUUGGCAUUAG